GAUGAAAUCAAUUCUUAAUUGUUUUGUUGUUUUCUGACUUAAUUUCUCCUAUUUAUAAACCCCUAUAUACCCUCUUCUCCCUUCAUACCGCUUUGCACUACGUUUUCUUCGCUCUUCCAAAUCUCUUUCAUCGCUAAGCUCUUCUCCAAAAACCCACCAUGUCUUGCUACAGAGGAAAAUACGCCGAUGAGCUCAUUGCUAAUGCUACCUACAUUGGCACCCCUGGAAAGGGUAUCCUUGCUGCUGACGAGUCCACCGGUACAAUUGGCAAGCGUCUAGCAAGCAUCAAUGUUGAGAAUGUUGAGGAAAAUAGGCGGGCUCUUCGCGAGUUGCUUUUCACAACUCCUGGUGCUCUUCAGUAUCUCAGUGGAGUUAUCUUGUUUGAGGAAACCCUUUACCAGAAGACUGCAUGUGGCAAGCCCUUCGUUGAGCUCCUGAAGCAGGGUGGAGUCCUUCCCGGGAUCAAGGUUGACAAGGGUACCGUUGAGCUUCCUGGAACCAAGGGCGAGACUACUACUCAGGGUCUUGAUGGCCUAGCUGAGCGCUGCAAGAAGUAUUACGAGGCUGGUGCUAGGUUUGCUAAAUGGCGAGCUGUGCUGAAGAUUGGACCCAAUGAGCCAUCACAGCUUGCUAUCAAUGAGAAUGCCAAUGGCCUAGCCCGCUAUGCAAUUAUCUGCCAGCAGAAUGGUCUUGUACCCAUUGUUGAGCCCGAGAUCCUUGUCGAUGGACCUCAUGACAUUAACAAAUGUGCAGAUGUAACGGAGCGCGUUCUUGCUGCCUGCUACAAGGCCCUCAACGACCACCAUGUCCUCCUUGAGGGUACCCUGUUAAAGCCCAACAUGGUCACUCCUGGAUCCGACUCUGCCAAGGUUGCACCAGAGGUGGUAGCCGAGUACACUGUCCGUGCCUUGCAACGAACCAUGCCACCUGCAGUCCCCGCUGUGGUGUUCUUGUCCGGUGGCCAGAGCGAGGAGGAGGCCACCGUGAACCUCAAUGCCAUGAACAAGCUAAAGACCAAGAAGCCAUGGAGCCUUUCCUUCUCCUUUGGACGUGCCCUUCAGCAAAGCACCCUCAAGGCAUGGGCCGGGAAGGAGGAGAAUGUCAAGAAGGCUCAGGACGCUCUCCUUGCAAGGUGCAAAGCCAAUUCCGAGGCAACCCUUGGAACCUAUGCUGGUUCAGCUAACCUCUGUGAGGGCGCUUCUGAGAGCCUUCACGUCAAGGAUUACAAGUACUAAGCAAGUUUUGGUUUCCUAGAUUUGUUGUUUGAUUAAGAGGCUUGUCAGUAAUGCUUUUCCAAAACAGGAUCUAUUGCUCUCUAGUUUUUAGGCUUUUUGGGGGAUUUUUCUGUCUAAUUUUCCGGCUUGGUUAAAUUUUUUUAAACAAUAAGUCUCAAAGACAUGAACUUUUUUUUUCCCUGUAUUUUAAUGGCUAUUUAGCUAAUAUAUUGAGUUUUUCUGUAUUCAAAUGAAAAUUUAGCAUCUUUUACAA